CACCGUGCCUGGCUAUUUAAUUAUACAUUUAUAUAACUUUUUAAUAAUGGCCAUGUUGAACAACUGACUUGAAAAAUCCUAGAAAUUUAGUAGUCGACUGUUGCGUGCAGUUAUGAGGUGGCUCCAGCACAUCCCUGGUUAUAUUGACCCAGGACAGGUACCUAAAGAUGGGAAUGAGGAUUCUCUGAGAUGAGAGAGGAACAAGGACCCCAGAGCCUGAUCUGGAAGCUUUUGUCCCCAUUCUGGCCCUGAGGGCAGUGAAUGCAGAUCGGAGGUCAUUGACAGCAGGCUUGAUUUUUAUCUACAUUGAUGGGUUCAGCAUAAAUGGACAGAACAGGCAGACUGCAAAAACAAACAGACAAAAAACUUGGGUUGGCUAUUGUGAAAAGACGAGGCACAUCACCUUGUGCUUUAGUUUAAAAUGAUCUUUAGUUUGAACUUUUGUUUUACUCCCACAUGUUCUUUUUAAAAAAUUCCAAACUCAUGGGUCAUGGUUUGAAGAAAAUUUCCCUUCCUCCUGCCUGGCGCACAGAAGGUAACGUCAAAGGCUGGGAGAGGGAAUAGGGCAGCAGCAGACAUUGACCUUUACCUCCCAGCUCCUCUCUCCCACCCCUUGUCUGCUGGGCACCGAGGAUUAGAACUGCAUCCUCCUGUGGUUUACCAAAAAACGCUCUGCGGCUGGAGCUUCAGCAUAGGCUGGGUCUGUCUGUGCCCGGUCUGGUCGGGGACAGCUGCAUGCCUCUUCCGCUUGGGUGAAAACAAAGGCCGGAACCUGAAUUCUGAUCCAAACCUCCUGGCUGGCUAAGCCAGUGUUCCCACCUUCUGGGAUGUUAGCAGAGCCCUCUAACUGGCCCCCCGGCAUGUGGAAGAUGCUCACAGUGGCGAUGUGUGUGGCCCUUCUGGGCUGUCUGCAGGCCCAGGAGCUCCAGGGACACGUCUCCAUCAUCCUGCUGGGAGCAACUGGGGACCUGGCCAAGAAGUACUUGUGGCAGGGACUGUUCCAGCUGUACCUGGAUGAAGCAGGGAGGGGCCACAGUUUUAGCUUCCAUGGAGCUGCUUUGACAGCCCCCAAGCGGGGCCAAGAGCUCAUGGCCAAGGCUCUGGAAUCCCUCUCCUGCCCCAAGGACAUGGAACCCAGUCACUGUGCAGAGCACAAGGAUCAGUUCCUGCAGCUGAGCCGGUACCACCAGCUGAAGACGGCCGAGGACUAUCAGGCCCUGAACAAGGACAUUGAGGCACAGUUCCAGCCCGCGGGCCUCCAGGAGGCUGGCAGGAUCUUCUACUUCUCAGUGCCGCCCUUCGCCUAUGCAGACAUUGCCCGCAACAUCAACAGCAGCUGCCGGCCAGGCCCAGGCGCCUGGCUGCGGGUUGUUCUUGAGAAACCCUUUGGCCAUGACCACCUCUCAGCCCAGCAGUUGGCCACAGAACUCGGGAGCUUUUUCCAGGAGGAGGAGAUGUACCGGGUGGACCAUUACCUGGGCAAGCAGGCUGUGGCGCAGAUCCUGCCUUUCCGAGACCAGAACCGCAAGGCUUUGGACGGCCUCUGGAACCGGCACCACGUGGAGCGGGUGGAGAUCAUCAUGAAGGAGACCGUGGAUGCCGAAGGGCGCACCAGCUUCUACGAGGAGUACGGUGUCAUUCGUGAUGUCCUCCAGAACCACCUGACGGAGAUCCUCACCCUGGUGGCCAUGGAGCUGCCCCACAGCGUCAGCAGCGUGGAGGCGGUGCUGCGGCACAAGCUUCGGCUCUUCCAGGCACUGCGGGGCCUGCAGAGGGCCAGUGCCGUCGUGGGCCAGUACCAGGCUUACAACGAGCAGGUGCGCAGGGAGCUGCAGAAGCUAGACAGCUUCCACAGCCUGACGCCGACCUUCACAGGCGUCCUCGUGCACAUUGACAACCUUCGCUGGGAGGGCGUGCCUUUCAUCCUGAUGUCUGGCAAAGCCUUGGAUGAGAGAGUGGGCUACGCUCGGAUCUUGUUCAAGAACCAGGCAUGCUGUGUCCAGAGCGAAAAGCACUGGGCGGCGACGCAGAGCCAGUGCCUGCCUCGGCAGGUUGUCUUCCACAUUGGCCAUGGUGACCUGGGCAGCCCAGCUGUGCUGGUCAGCAGGAACCUGUUCAGGCCCUCCCUGCCCUCCGGCUGGAAGGAAGUGGAGGGCCCGCCUGGGCUCCGCCUUUUCGGCAGCCCUCUGUCCAGUUACUAUGCCUACAGCCCCGUGCAGGAACGGGACGCCUACUCCAUCCUCUUAUCCCACAUCUACCACGGCCGGAAGGAUUCCUUCAUCACCACGGAGAAUCUGCUGGCCUCUUGGGGCUUCUGGACACCCCUGCUGGAGAGCCUGGCCCACACGGCCCCACGCCUGUAUCCUGGAGGAGCUGAGAACGGCCAUCUGCUGGACUUUGAGUUCAGUAGCGGCCGGUUGUUCUAUUCCCAGCAGCAGCCGGAGCAGCUGGUGCCAGGGCCAGGGUCGGCCCCAAUGCCCAGUGACUUCCAGGUCCUCAGGGCCAAGUACCGAGAGAGCCCGCUGGUGUCUGCCUGGUCCGAGGAGCUGAUCUCUAAGCUGGCCACUGACAUCGAGGCCACCGCUGUGCAGGCCGUGCGGCGCUUUGGCCAGUUCCACCUGGCGCUGUCAGGGGGCUCGAGUCCUGUGGCCCUGUUCCAGCAGCUGGCCACAGCACACUAUGGCUUCCCCUGGGCCCACACGCACCUGUGGCUGGCUGACGAGCGCUGCGUCCCGCUCUCCGACCCAGAGUCCAACUUCCAGAGCCUGCAGGCCCACCUGCUGCAGCACGUCCGGGUCCCCUACCUCAACAUCCACCCCAUGCCGGUGCACCUGCAGCAGCGGCUCUGCGCUGAGGAGGACCAGGGCGCCCAGCUCUAUGCCAGGGAGAUCUCAACCCUGGUGGCCAACAGCAGCUUCGACCUGGUGCUGCUGGGCAUGGGCGCCGAUGGGCACACAGCCUCCCUCUUCCCACAGUCACCCACUGGCCUGGAUGGCGAGCAGCUGGUCGUGCUGACCACAAGCCCCUCCCAGCCAUACCGCCGCAUGAGCCUCAGCCUUCCUCUCAUCAACCGCGCCAAGAAGGUGGCAGUCCUGGUCAUGGGCAGGAUGAAGCGUGAAAUCACCACACUAGUGAGCCGGGUGGGCCAUGAGCCCAAGAAGUGGCCCAUCUCAGGUGUCCUGCCGCACUCUGGCCAGCUGGUGUGGUACAUGGACUACGACGCCUUCCUGGGAUGAGGGUGCCUGCGCCCCUUGCCCGCUCUGCUCCUGCGCUUUCCUUCACCUCUGUCUCCCUCCCCUCUCGGCCCCACCACCUGCCCAGCAUGCCCUGGCUCUCCAGACCCUGCUGCCCCACAGUCAGGCCCCAGAGAGGGCAGGACAAGGCCUUGUCCCAAUGCCUCUGACAGGCAGCUCUGUCUAGUGGUGGAUAGAUGCAGAAACAAAGAAGAAAUGGAAUCUGCUCCUGCGAAGCUCCAAAUCCAGGCCAGGAGAGAAACCUUAAGAAAAGCACUGCAGCAGUCACACAUUUCCAUCAGCCAGCACAACACAGGAUGGCGCCCAGCUACCGUGUUCACAGGAGGAGACAUGGUGGGCUGAGGUUAAUCAGGGAAGGUUUCCUGGGGGAGGUGGUCCUUGAACUGGCUCCUGGGGAACAUUCAAAGAGCAUGAUUGGCAGACAGAAGGUGCAGAGGUACCCAGAGGAGUACAUUACCAUGUGCAAGGCAGGGGCACUGGGGACCGUCUUGAGACCUUGAAGGGGUCAAGCCCCUCCUUCCCCAGCUGCCCCUUCUAGAACCUCUGCACAUCCAGCCUCUGUCCCUCCUCUUCGUUGCCUCCGCCUGCUCCCGCUCGCUGUCCCUCUCUCCAUCCUGGCUGUGCAGUGGGAAUUCCAGUCUCCUGCCUGCAUCUUUGCUAUUCCUCAGACUCCAUUUAUAGAGAGAUGAGGGCUGAUAACCGGAAUACGGCAGCAAAGAUUAGGCGAUGAAAAAGGUUCCAGAUUUUUUUUUUAAUUAAAAAAAUUAUUUGCAGAGAUGAGCUCUUGCUAGUUGCCCAGGCUAGUCUCAAACUCCUGGACUCAAGUGAUCCUCCCAUCUCAGCCUCCCAGAGUGCUGGGAUUACACGUGUGAGCCACUGUGCCCGGCCCCAGAAAUCUGAGUGCUGUCUGGAGCUCCCUUUCUCAGCUGAUGACCUGCUCUGCAUGGGGAGGUGGGGUCUUAUGCCCCCAGCUUCCUUGGGGAGGACCCCCGACCUCCGCUCUUCCUCUGUCCUGCUAGUCUUCCUCCAUGAGGCAUGCUGGGUGCACGUAAUCAGGCCAUCCUGGGAAACUCCAAUUUAAGAGGAUCAGUUACAUCUCAGGGGACUCCCGGGUGGAUGUUCCACUCUCAGUAGCCCUUCUUGUUUUACCAGGAAAGAUCCAGUUAAAUCACCCACUGAGGUGACAGCUCAUUAGUGGGGAGAGAGAUGGAGCAUCAAGUGACACAGGGCCAUCCAGGCAGCUCUGCUCCUACCAGACAGGAGCCAGGCCUCACUGGCGGGGCGGCUGCCCACAGCCCUUCAGGACUCGCUUUGUGGGUGACAGGGCUGCAGCCAGGCCUUCUCUCCCUGCCCCUUGGUGGCCCUGUGCCUUCCCGUCUGCUCUCUCUCCUGCUACCUCUCACCUCAACACUAACACUGCCGAGACCGGGGAAGUAAGUGGGUAGCUUCUCCAUAAGCACAGGUUGGGGACUGUGGUCUUGAGACGCCAUGGGCCAGCAAUACCUGCUUUUCUGAAACCCCCAAGGAGGGCUCUGACAUUCUUUUAAAAAAACAACACAAAGCAAAAUUCCCAGGACACGUGUAGUUUUGUUUGUUCAACAUCCCACAGUCAAGGCUGGGAGAUAGAACUCUUGGUUAAGGUCGAUUUUUCCCCCACCUUACACUUGCACCCGAUCGGGCAGAUACAAAAUUUCGACCACAUUUUCAGAGAGGGCUUUCGUGGGUGCGGGAGCAUGGCGAAGUCAGUUUUUCUCUGGACUAUUUACACUUCAAGGCUAUGGAUUUCAAGGAAUCUUGGUUUUCAUUUGCAAUGCCGGCCUGAGACCUGGUUCCCAAGCCGGGGCUCUUGUUCAGACUGCUUACUCUGGCUGCCAACCCAGGCUAGACAGAGAAUCUUUCUCUCUCUCUCUUUUUUUUUUUUUUUUUAAGACAGAGUCUCUCUCUGUCGCCCAGACAGGAACACGGUGGCAAGAUCUUGGCUUACUACAACCUCCACCUCUUGGGUUCAAGCAAUUCUCGUGCCUCAACCUCCUGAGUAGCUGGGACUGCAGGUGUCAGCCACCACGCCUGGUUAAUUUUUGUAUUUUUGUAGAGACAAGGGUUUCACCACGUUGCCCAGGCUGGUCUCAAACUCCUGAGCUCAGGCAGUCUACCCACCUCAGUCUCCCAAAGUGCUGGGAUUACAAGUGUGGCCACCACGCCCGGCCAGUACAUCCGUCUUUAUAAACAUGGAGAAUGCCCCUCAUUAGGACAGAAUCGUGGAGCCCAGAGCCGGGAAGCCCCCAUUCCAGCGCCCAGUGUCUGUGCUUCUGCACGUGAUGGGCGGGCUCAGGAGAGGACAGGGGGUCGCGGUGGAAGUUCCACAGCUGGCCGCGUGGGGGAGCCCUUGCACCGCACUGCCACCUCCUGAGUGCCCUGCUCACGGCGCAGCUCCUGUGCCGGAUUUCUCAUUUCCCUCCUUUCUCCCCGGGUGCCUGGCCCCAGCGCUCUCCCAUCUGUUCUUCAGGAACUGACUCCUCUGCAGUGGCAAUGCCAGAGAGAAAGGGGCCUUCACAUGCCCAAGUACCCCUGCAGGAUGAAGGGCAAACCGGCCCUUGAAGUCACCAUUUCUGAAUAGUAGUCACUGACGCCGAGUCUGGGAUGUCUUGUUCUAGCUCAGCCUUGCCUGGGAUGCACCAUGGGUCUGUGCGGGGCGUGGGUGGGAGUGUGAGUGGGGGUCAAAAGACCAAAGGUCUCCUUUCCAGAAUCAAGUACCUUCUUCAAAUCAGGUUGGAAAAGUCCAAACUUGGAGCUGUCCAUGUUCCCCUGCCCCUGCCCACCCCUUUCCCUUCACCUGGGUUAGGAAGGAGAAGUUCUCAGAACCCUCUAGGCUGGUGGCUUUCAAACUUCAGACCAGAGUCUGCCACAAGAAACGUGCCUUCCAUCAUAAAUCAGUUCAUUCAUUUACAACUGUGUCUCAAGCAAGUUUCAUAAAAAAAAAUUCUUACCCUUAGGACCUUGGAUAUCCUCUAUUUCUUAGUUUUCAUUUUUUAAAAAUGCUUCUUAAAUUUCACUAAAUUGGGCUAGGUGCAGUGGCUCAUGCCGGUAAUCCCAGCACUGUGGGAGGCUGAGGUGAGAGGUUCACUUGAGCUCAGAAGAUUGAAACCAGCCUGGGCAACAUGGUGAGAACCCCAUCUAAAAAAAGUUUUUUAAAAAUUAGCCAGGGAUGGUGGUGCAUACCUGUAGCCUCAGCUACUCGGGAGGCGGAGGUAGGAGGAUCACCAGAGUGCAGGAGGCUGAGACUGCAGUAAGGUGUGAUUGCACUAGCGUGCUCUAGCCUGGAAGACAGAGUGAGACCCUGACUCAAAAAAAAGAGAAAAGAAAAGGAAAGAAUGAUGACAACAGACCAGGCAGCAGCCCUGCUCAGAACCCAGGUCUGUGGGAUUCCAGGGCUGUGUUCCCAGGCAUGCUCCUGGCCUCUUCCUCACCUGGGAGCCCUUGGGUCCUAUGGUGGCAGCAGUUACCACAGUCCAGGACCAAUGAUUCCAUCCACAUGGAAGCCCAUGUGUGCCCGUGGGGGCCUAUAAAUGGCAGAAGGGCCCCUCCUUUGGUAGACCUUUUCAGUCAGCAGCUCUAGAGCAAGCAUGAUCACCUUUGUAAAGGGGAAGGAAUCAAGGGACUUUAAACUAGAUGUAAGCUAGAUCAAAAUCUGGGGGCAAAUUUUCUGCCAACUGCAAGUUAAAAUAGGCCCAUCUUAUUGAAUUUCCCUGUUGUUCGUUUCUCUGCAGACAAUGCUUUAACCCUACUCUUGGGCCCCCAAAUUAGAAUCAUACACAAAGCUUCCUACCGUUUGGCCUAAUAUUCCACAAUUCUCUCGAGGGAUUUCAUUCCAAACUCUGCAGGGCUCAGGCUCCCUAGUCUGGCACCUGCUGCUUUUCUUGUGUUUCUCCUGUCCCUGUUCUGGAGGGCCCAGGUGGAACACCCAACAGGGAGGGAGAAGCUUCCAAAGCCGCAGGACUGUUUCCCAGAAUUUGGUUUUCAGGUACAAAACUCUUUGUCCUGUAUGAUAUAUGCAGCCUCACAGAAGCAGCCUCUGCGUCCGCUUUACCCAGCUAGAUUGUUAUCUUAAGCACAUGGGACUCCCUUAGAACUUACUCCACUGGUU